CCCGCAUGCGGUGGAAACUUCUAAAGUGCCCGCACAUCAUGACGUCUUUACGCGAUCACGCCCCUGUCCAUUCGAAACGCCCGUCACCUGCGCGCCAUGUGCUCGAACAAAUGCCGCCUCCGCUUCCACCUCCUCCUCUGGCGGCUCCGCCAUUUCUCCACCGUGCCGUCCUCCAGGCUCCCGCAGAGGCACCCUGGGGGUACGCCGCGGUGGCCGAGACCCCUUCCGGCGCCGGACUACGUGGACGCGGCGAGAGCCCAUGAGGCGACCGUCAAGCGGCUAGCCGCGGCGGGCGACGUGGACGGCGUCCAGCUCGCGCUGCAGGAGAUGCGGAUGCGCGGGGUGGCGUGCCCGGAGGGCGCCCUCGUCGCUGCCAUCGGCGCCUUCGCCCGCGCCGGCUCCGCGGACCGCGCGCUCAAGACGUUCUACCGCGCGCGCGACCUCGGCUGCAUUCCCACCGUGCGGCUCUACAACCACCUCCUCGACGCGCUGCUCCGGGAGAACAUGAUCGGGGCCGUCGUUCCGGUCUAUGAGAACAUGAAGAAGGACGGGGUCGAGCCCAACGUGUUCACCUACAACCUGCUGGUCAAGGCGCUCUGUCAGAACGACCGGGUCACCGCCGCGCGCAAGAUGCUCAUCGAAAUGGCAAGGAAGGGAUGCCCCCCCGACGAGGUGAGCCAAGCGACCAUCGUUUCUGCGCUGUGCAAGCUUGGCAGGGUGGACAAGGCCAGAGAGGUGCUGGCUGCAGCGCCGCCCGUGUGCGCCUCCUACAAUGCUGUCGUUCUAGCUCUCUGCGGAGAGUUGAGGAUGCGGGAUGUGUUCUUGGUUGUCGACGAGAUGGUGCAGAGGGGAUUGCAGCCUAAUGUGAUCACGUACACAACUAUACUCGAUGCGUUCUGCAAGGCCAGAGACCUAAGGAUGGCAUGCGGCAUUCUGGCUAGGAUGGUAGUAUCCGGAUGCACACCAAAUGUUCCAACAUUCACUGCAAUGGUGAAAGGGAUGUUUGAGGAUGGAAGGGUACAUGACGCGCUUGGCAUGUGGAAAUGGAUGGUGGCCGAAGGAUGGGCACCGUCGAUAGUCCCUUACAAUGUUCUCCUCUUUGGCCUUUGCAGCAUUGGUGAUCUGAAGGGAGCAUUGUCUGUUCUCAACAGCAUGAGGCAACAUGGCUGCUUUCCUAAUGUUAGGACCUACUCCACUCUGAUUGACGGUUUCUCCAAAGCCGGGGACCUAGAUGGUGCCAUGUCAAUGUGGAAUGACAUGACAACUGCUAGUUGCAGGCCAAAUGUUGUUGUUUACACGAACAUGGUGGAUGUGUUUUGCAAGAAGCUGAUGUUUGAUCAGGCGGAGUAUCUCAUUAAUAAGAUGGUAUUGGAAAAUUGUCCUCCCAACACAGUGACAUUCAACACGUUGAUCAGAAGCCUGUGUGACUGCGGAAGAGUUGGGAGAGCCCUGGGUGUGUUCCAUGAGAUGAGAAGGCAUGGAUGCCUGCCAAAUGAAAGGACCUACAAUGAGUUGCUCCACGGUCUUUUUAUGGAUGGAAACCGUGAAUACGCUCUUCAAAUGGUGAUUGAGAUGCUAAACCAUUGCAUUGAGUUGAGUUUAGUAACAUACAACACUAUGGUAAGUGGUCUAUGUCAGAUGAAAAUGACCAGAGAAGCUAUUCUGUUCCUUGGGAGGAUGUUGGUUCAAGGAAUUCAACCAGAUGCAUUCACUUUCAAUGCGAUAAUUCAUGCUUACUGCAAGGAAGGGAAUGUCAGGAUGGCUGCUUGGAUGUUUGGUGGAAUGAACUUAGUGAACUGCCCUCACAACAUAGUUGCGUACACUAUUCUAAUGACAGAGCUUUGCAACCAGCAUAGGCUGGAAGAUGCCAUGGUGUACCUACUAAAGAUGUUAUAUGAAGGUAUAUGUCCAAAUACAGCAACAUGGAACGUGUUGGUCCGUGGAGCUUUUAGAAACCUUGGCUGCAUUGGACCAAUUGAUUUGUUCCAGCAUAUUACUGCGGAUUUAUCAUCACGGGCCUGAGGUUCACUGUUGCCAUUUCUUUGGCUUCUCAAUGAAAGACAAAGCUGAUAAGCAGCAGAAUCUCUCUGAUCGUUGUUGCUCCAUUAAGUAAUUCACAGGUGAUCAGAUGAGUUGAGGUUAUCAAGAUGUUCCUUAGGAUUCAUUAGGAGGUACCAGUCAAACUUGCUAACUCUGCUUCAUUUGUUUUUAUCAGUGUGUAGUGUCUAGUGUGUGCACUGUGCAAUAUUUAUAUUGCCUGAGAAUUUUGAAAAGUUCAGUCAUGGAUAGUUAAUAUUUUCCAUUGCAUUCUUCUCUGCUCAAGUCAUUAGGACUUAGUCUUACUAGUAAACCUUGUAUGGAAAAACUUUUUCUAAAUACAUUUACUACCAGUUUCUGCACUCUCGUCCUGCUUGUUGACGAAUGGAUGCAGAAAUAGAUAAAAAUGUUUCUUGGAAACAAUGCUUUUUUAUAACUUUGACCACUAUCCACAUAUGUAAGUUGAUAACAGGAUUUUAAAAACUGCUUUGGGGUUGGAAACAAGGACCUGGUAAGUGGUAACAGCUAGCCGCUA